AUGAGCAUUCAAAAGUGUCUCUUGGAUAACUCCUCCAGGAUGAUAAAAGCGAUGUCAAAUGCGAAAUCUUCUAACAAUGAAGUUAAAACGGGCGUCCAAAGUGGCCUAAGAAAAGUGGGUCUGGCGAUGCUGACGUUGUCAAUACCGAUGAUUGAUGAUAAAAAGAAAGUCAGUAGCUCGACUGAAGCAUGUGUUUGUCUUCAACACCGUCGUGGCGUUAAUCAUUCAAUUCAAUAG